UAUUUUAAUAAGCUCACAAUUAAAACUCUAAAAAGUAAUGCAGCCAUUCCAUCUACAAAGGAAAACUUUCCCCUGUAAUUUUUUUUAUUAAAUGGCAACAAAGAAAACGAUUUCCUUAGUGGUGGCGCAAUUUAUUUUCAAAACAAUUACACUCAAGAUAAACCAAAUGACGACGCGUCGACUCUUGAAUAAACCGAUUUUUUUAAUAUCAUGCCACUCAAAGGUGUCGCAAAAAUCUGAAUAAAAAAGUACAUGCAACCUGAACGGCACGUACCUUCCCAUUUAGGAUAAACCAAGGUCACGCGGUCUCAAUUAUAAAUAUAAGUCACCAAAUUGUAACAGCAAGAGUCCUCAAAAUGUCUCCUAUCGCUGCACUUCUAACCGUCUGCGCCUUGGCCAACGCGGUGUUGGCUCAGGACAGUUGUACGGUGACCUCAUACGACCAGGUUGCCAACGCGUUGUCCAUCUGCACUACUCUUAGCAUCGGCGACAUCACCGUGCCUGCCAACGAGACCCUCGACCUCAAUUUGAAGAGCGGCGCCAGUUUGAGCCUUACUGGAACCAUCAAGUUUGGGUUUGCAGAGUGGAAGGGACCUUUGGUGAUUAUUAAGGGUAACAAGGUCACCGUGACUCAAUCCGCCAGUAAAUACAUUCUCUUCGGUGGUGGUGGGGUUAUUCGAGCUACCAAAAAUCUUGCAGAUUCCGUAUUCGACGGCGAAGGCGCCCAAUAUUGGGACGGUCAAGGCGACAAGGGCAAGGUUAAACCUAAAUUUGUCAGGGUGCAGACCACCGGAGGGUCGGUACUCAAUGGCAUCAACCUGUUGAAUUGCCCGCAUCAGUGCGUGUCGAUCAACGGCGCGGACAGUACUACCCUGCAGAACUGGACCCUCGACGUAUCUGCAGGAGACGAGGGCGAUUUGGGCCACAACACCGACGGUUUCGACAUCUCCUCUUCGACCAAUAUUAUCAUCGACACGGCCACAGUCAAGAACCAAGACGACUGCGUCGCGGUGAACCAGGGUUCCAAUAUUCACCUCACCGGGUUGACCUGCUCGGGCGGUCACGGACUGAGCUUGUCGGUAGGUCAAAAUUCAGGAUCCGAUAACACCGUUAGCAACGUCACAUUCGUCGAUUCUUCGGUAUCGAACUCGCGCAACGGUAUCCACGUCAAGACCCACACCGACGGCGGUACCGGCUUCAUCAAGAACGUCACCUACAGGAACAUCCAGAUGACCGGGAUCACUCGUUUCAUCAUCAACAUUCAGGAGGACUACGCGGGAGGUGGUUCGACUGGCAUUCCUAAGAACAACAUCCCCAUCACCGGGCUGGACAUAUCAGAAAUAACCGCCACCACCAGCGGAUCGGAUUGCGUCCCAGUGUUCAUCUUGUGCGCUACGGACGGUGGAUGUAGCGAUUGGACCUGGGGCCAGAUUUCCUACAGCGGCGCCUCCAACCCCAACAACUGCACCAACUUUACCCCAUCCGGUUUCGACUGCUCAUAAAUUAAUAAUAGAUGUAACUGAUUUAAUACAACUGCAAUAAGAGACGAUUUCUUCUAUACACUAUAGUUAAAAUGUUGCCACGUGCGUCACGGAUAGCAAAAACUGAGCUGCGAAAACGAAUGGCAACUCACUUCCGUAGGAAUGAAUAAUAGAAUAGAUAACUCAUGAAUUGUCUUGUCUUUUUUUAAUGAUA